AUGAUUCCGUACGGUCUCUUCUACGUGAUCCCAACCUUUAUCAUCUGCACGAUAUGGUUCAUUCCCGAGUCACCGAGGUGGCUCGUCCUCAAGGAUCGAAAAGGUGAUGCCCUAGCCUCUUUGCAUCAGCUCCGAGCCGGAAAGUACACAGAAGAACAGAUUGAACUAGAGUACCAGGGUAUUGUGAUGGCCGUCGAGCAGGAAUCCGCAGCAUCGCAAGCGUACCGUGGUUGUGACAGGUGCUUCUUUCUGCAAUCCACAGGACAGAUCUUCACGUCUAUCUACGGCGCACUUUUCGUCAAGUCGCUUGGAACCAUCAACCCGUUCACUGUUACGCUGCUUCUGGGCGCUUCUAUCCAAGUAUCUGCUUUGAUGACCAUGGGCGGCCUCGGUACUGUCAGUGACCCUUCUACACAAAUCAAAGCAGGUAUUGUGUCAAUGAUGGUGGUCUUUACCUUUGGUUAUGCUCUGGGGUGGGCUCCUACGGCGCAUAUUCUCAGCGCAAAAAUUCCCGCAUUAACUGUUCGAGAUAUGACUUACCGAUCCGCCUCAGUUCUUAACAUUGCUACACAAUUCACUGUAUCGUUCUCUCUUCCAUACCUUCUCAACAAGCCUUAUGCAGCCCUGGGAUCGCCCGUUGGAUUCAUUUUUGAUUCGAUUUCAGUCUGUUCUAUUAUAUUUGCCUAUUUCUGUGUUCCGGAUGUAUCCGGCCGCUCUCUAGAAGAGAUUGACCACCUUUUUGCGUCCGGAAUGCCUCUGAGAAACUUCAAGGGAGCUAGAGUGGAGACCGACCCUGGGCUUCGAGAUUGCAAGGAUUCUGAAGCGGGGGUGACUGUCAUCCACAAGAACGAAAUUUAG